ACUAGCAACAUUAUUCAUUUAUUUCAUAGCGAAGGGGCUAGUCGAGUUGGUUAUUUUUAUUAAAACAAAAUUCUUUUCCUUUUAUCCUUUCCUAUGAAUUCUAAGGAAAAAUGAUAAAUUACAUCGUUACAAUUAACAAGAAAGCCCCUUAUAGCCUUACUUUUAUAAUAUAAAGUAAUUGAAUUAAGGUGUCAUUAUUGACAAGCAAAUCAAGAUGUCGAAACGUUCGGCCGAAGAAAGCGGUAAUGGCAGCAGCCAGCCGCCUAUCAAAAAAGUACAUUUUGAACCGCACUUGAUCGGCCCCGUUUCAACUCUGGAAGAAAUGGACAUAAAAGUCCUUCAGUUCCAGAAUAAAAAGUUAGCCCAGAGAAUAGAGCAACGUCACAGAUGUGAAGCUGAGUUGCGAGCCAGAAUAGAACAGUUAGAAAAGCGGCAGACUCAGGAUGAUGCCGUCUUAUGUGUUGUUAACCGUUACUGGAAUCUAUUAAAUGAAGACAUACGAGUAUUAUUACAACGUUUUGAUGCAGAGACUGCAGAUGAAUCAGAGAAUAAAAAUGAAAAUGAAGCUACCACAUCAUUUCUCAUGCAGCUUUCUACAUGGGAUAAAGAAGAACUUGAUGCCCAACUAGCCAAUAGAGUUCAAGUUAGUAAACGGGCCGUAGCUAAAGUGCUUCAGGCUUUUGAUCGCUUACAGCAGAGGAAUGAUAAAAUUUGGAGAGCUAUUAAGGGCGAAGGGGAAGAAGGCACACCAGCACCUUCCCUUGAUGAAGUCAUACGAGCCACCAAUGAGGAAGUUACUGCCGAAAAUAGACGCCUACAAGCACUCUGCACAACAUUGCAUGAGAGCCAUCAUGCCAUGACAUUAAGGGUAGCACAGUUGCAAGAUGCUGUGAAUAGCAGGGACACUGAAAAUGCAGAAUUGAAAAAUCAAAUUGAUGAUCUACAGUAUGAAUUAAUGAAGGUACGGUCCCGUAAUGAUAAACUAGAAAAUCAUUUAGCGGAAGCUAUUGAGAAACUCAAGAGCUACCAUCAGUCUGGUAACGCUACAACAUCCAACUGUGCGCCGACACCGCACUCUGCUGUCGCUAACGCGAAGCUCGAAGAUAUAGCUGCUGAGUUGGAGGAACAACGAGAGCUCGCCAACAAUCGGUUAGCUGAACUUGAUAGAUUGCAUCGACAACACAGGGACACGUUGAAGGAACUUGAAAAGCUUAAAAUGGAUAUUCGCCAAUUACCAGAAUCAGUGAUAGUGGAAACAACAGAGUAUAAAUGCCUACAGAGUCAAUUUUCUGUUCUGUAUAAUGAAUCUAUGCAAAUGAAAACAGCUCUUGAUGAAACCAGGAUGCAGUUGCAGAAUGCAAAGAAUUUACACAUGAGGCAAAUUGAAAUAAUGGAGAGUGAAGAACUCGCAAGACAGAAAGCACUUAGAUCUGAAAUGAUACAAUUGGAAGAUAUCCUCGGCCAGCUUAGGAAAGAGUAUGAAAUGUUACGCAUUGAGUUUGAGCAGAAUCUCGCGGCGAACGAACAAACUGGUCCGAUAAAUAGGGAGAUGCGGCAUCUGAUCACAUCGCUGCAGAAUCACAACCAGCAACUGAAGGGGGAGGUGCAUAGGUAUAAGAGGAAAUAUAAAGAUACUAGUCAGGAGCUCAAUAAGCUUCGUAAAGAAAUGGAGGAGGCGUCGUCGCGUGGCGGGAAUACACAGGAGCAGCCUGACGAGAAACCACUCGCUGUGAAGAAGGAAGAACCCGAUCCAGAGAGCGAGGAGGGCGCGAGCAGCGGCGGCGACAACAAGCACGCGCUGAGCAAGGAGCACGGCCGCGCCAAGAUACAGGAGCAGGAGCUCAUCAUCAAGGAUCUCAAGCAGCAGCUCAAGAAGGCAGUGAAUGAGCAAAAAGAGCUGAAAUUGUUAUUGGACAUGUAUAAAGGUGUUAGCAAGGAGCAGAGGGACAAGGUGCAAUUGAUGGCCGCCGAGAGGAAAGCGCGCCAAGAGCUGGAAGACCACAGGCAGAAAGCCAAAAUGGCGCAGGAGAGUAAACGCGAGCGUCGUAUGGCGGACGAAGACGCGUUACGGAAGAUCAAGCAAUUGGAGGAGCAGAAGUAUGAGCUGCAGAAACAGUUGUCCUGUGCGAGGCCAAACGCCGAUCCGCUGCAUGGGUUCACCAGGCCUUUCGCUGGUUCUCAGGAGGAGGAGGCCCUUCUGAACGAGAUGGAGGUAACGGGGCAGGCGUUCGAGGACAUGCAGGAGCAGAACUCGCGGCUGAUACAGCAGCUGCGCGAGAAGGACGACGCCAACUUCAAGCUGAUGUCGGAGCGGAUCAAGGCCAACUCGCUGCACAAGCUGCUCAGGGAGGAAAAGCAGCUGCUGCAAGAACAGGUGGUGACGCGCGACCAGCAGAUCGAGUCGAUGGGGCUGGUGGCGCGCCGCCUGGAGGAGAAGGAGCGGCUGCUGCAGGCCACGCUGUCCGCCGUCGAGAAGGAGCUGCUGCUGCGCCAGCAGGCCAUGGAGAUGCACAAGCGGAAGGCCAUCGAAUCGGCGCAGUCCGCCGCUGAUCUGAAGCUGCAUCUCGAAAAAUACCAUGCACAAAUGAAAGAAGCACAACAGGUGGUGGCUGAGAAGACAAGUGCAUUAGAAGCAGAGGCUUAUAAAACAAAAAGACUACAUGAGGAGCUGGCGAUCCUGCGGCGCAAGGCGGAGCGCAUGAAGAAGAUGGAGCAGGCCGGCAGCAGCAUGGACGAGGUGCUGCUCGAAGAGAUCCGCGAGUACAAGGAGACCCUCACCUGCCCCUCUUGCAAGGUGAAGCGCAAGGACGCGGUGCUGACGAAGUGCUUCCACGUGUUCUGCUGGGACUGCCUGCGCACGCGCUACGAGACGCGCCAGCGGAAGUGCCCCAAGUGCAACGCGGCCUUCGGCGCCAACGACUACCAUCGGCUUUACCUCUCCACAUAAAUGUUGCCAGCAGAAAAAUUUAUGGGGAAAUCACUUACUCGACUCUCGAGUUUGAGACCAAGUUUGUAAUAGCGUCGGAUACAUUUUGUGACUCUGAUAUUUUCUACUGUUGCAAUUGAAAAUGCAAUUUGGACAUGACGAUACCGGACUCGACACCGAGUUUUAGGAAAAUAUACAUAUUGUAACUCUUGAGUCUGUAAACUUGACAGAAACGUGUCUUAAUAAUUUCUGAAAGUUUAUAAUAAGGCACUAGUACUGUUAGAUGUCUAGAUGUAUCUUAUCUGGCGACGAUAGAUAAUUCAUCAUAAUAAUCUCUAAUUAUACUAAUUAUUCUCCGUGACUUCACAUAUAAAAUACUUGGUAUAACUUAAAUUUUCAUUACCUAUUAAGUAGUUUAUCCAAACACUACAACAUGUAUGUUACAUACGUUUUUGUUUUCACAGGAACAAAAUAUUUCAUCAUUAACCUACUAUUUCCGGUAAAAAUCCUAAUAUAGGGGGUAAUUUCAUUAAUUAAAUAUUAAAACACCUAUUAGACUAAUAGUCACUAAUUUCGGUGUUUUCUAAUAUAAAGAAUUCUACUAAAAACAGCAUUGAUUUUAAAAUCAUUUAAAAGAUACAUGACUAAAUAAUGUUUCGACAUUGAGAUCAUAAACUUAAUGCUGUAUAGAUUUAAAGUGAGUAGCGUCAAGUCUUCUUUCUCAGAUUUUUUUAAUAUCAAAACGAUGGAAGAUCUUUCUGGAAAAUACUAUUUAAAAUAUAAAAACCGCGUCUUAGAUAAUAACAGAACAUUGAUUAUGUUCGUAACUGGUCUUGUAUUAAUAUACCUUUAUUAAAACUAAUAUUUAAUUUAUAAUUAAUAAGAGCGUUAUUAAUCAUACCACCGGAAUAUUAUUUGUUGCAAUACAAGGUUAUUAUAUGUUAUCGAAUUUGAGUGAUUAAUUUAGAACCCUAAUGUAAAGAAAAAUCGUAGGCGUGGUCUGUCCAUUUAAAUGGCAGUUUUAACCUAUUCAUAAAUCUUAAUAACCUUAUGUAAAUAAUGAUUUUGUAUUAUUUUUUUAUAUUUGUAAAUAUUCAGCACUAAAGUCACAACUUUGAAAGAAUUACCGUUGUAAAUAAAUGUUAACUUCCAUUACAUGUCGAUCUUGUGAUAAUCCAAUCUUUGUAAUAUCUUAUUUUUCAAUAUGUUUCGGUUUCCCGAAUAAUUAUACCUAUUUUUUUUUUGUUUUAAUUACCUAGCUUAAUAUUUGCUUUGUUUAUUUUCAUAAGGCCAGGGAUUUAAUAAGCGUUUAACAUUAAAAAUAUCCCUUAAAGAAAUUAUAUGCUACACGCAUAACACAAAAAAAAAUCUUGAUUUAUAAAAUUUAAAACAUGACACUUCAUAAAUAGGAUUGAUUAUUUGCAUAGUUUAGCUUUUUCCUGUAUUUUUCAAGAAAGUUAUGCGUCUUUGAAUAAUGCUAUAAAGCAUUUUAUUCCAAGACGCUUUAUAUUACCGUACAGACAGACAGUCAAUUCAAAUUUAAUACAUAAAUGCAUAGUACAUAAUUUUAAGUUGGCAUUGAUGUAGAAAAAUAAACAGAAAACGAAUGAUCUCAUCAAGCUUGAAUUUCUUAUACCAAGCUUAAGUAUGCGAAAUUCGCUAUACGACUCAACUGUAUCGGAGGAUAGUAUAAAUUUGACAAGGGUCGUUUUAAACAAGUUUAUUUAACCCUGCGACUGCAAAAGCAUUGCUUAGUAUUUGCAAUUUUAUUUUAAAACUACGAUUUUUUUAGUUAAAAGCGCGCAUACAACAAACGGUACUAUAAUACCGGGAUUGAUUAACCUGUUAUAUUUAGACAAUUUUCUAUGUUAUAUAUGAGUAUUAAAUCUAUUUAAAACCCAUGUAAAGUAUAGAAAAGCUUAUUAAAUAUAAAAUCAUAAUAUUCAUUGAUUUGUUUAAAGUUUUUCACACUUCAUUUAGCGAUCAUAGGUGAUAAGACUAUUAGUAUUCAACGGAACGUGGUAAAUUGUUCAUUCCUUAAUUUAUAGUGAAUUUUCCAUGUAUUUAAAUAUAAAUUAAAGCGAACAUAAUGUAAGAAUUUAUAAUGCAUUUUGCGACUCUUUAUCGCCUACGUUUGUAUUGUUGUAUAUUGAGAAUAAUAUGAAAUCGAACAAGUCUAGUAUUUAGAUUUAGUGUUUGUUAGUUGUAAGUGAUAAGGUGAGAUUAACUGCUGUACUAUGGACUUGGUUAUGGCAUUACAUACUAUGAAAAUGUUAAAUCAUUUUAAAUUAACGAUUAUACUGUUGGCCGAAAUUAAUAAUACGUUUCAUUGUAUCUUAUAUUUUAAGAAAAUUUACUAUGCAUCGGGCCAGAUAAACCUGAAAUUAUUCAAUUAAAGUUGAUUGAUAUCAAUAUCAUAGUACACCAGUUACAUUGUAGAUAGACAAAUAGCUUGCAGCCCUCUGACUGAUGUAUUUAUACACUUUAGGUUUUAAAUUCUAUGUCCAUUAAAACUAAGGUAACUUACACAUUUUCAAUGCUAUUAGAAGUCGCUACGAUAAAUUUGAUGAAAUGUUAGCCCUAUUUAUUUAUUGACUAUCUAACAAAUGGACUUUUAGAAAUUCUAUGUAUGUUUAAAGUAAUUUAAUAAUUCUAGCGUAAUUCGUGUUCUUAUCUAAAUAUUUAUACAUAAUAUGGUCUAAAUUUUUUUUUUAUGUGUAUCUAUAUAAUUUAUAAUUAUUAAUUGCACAUUAAAAUAAAAUUUAUUAUACCUAAAUAUAUCCUUAUAAAAUUUAAAGUUGUCAAAUGAAUGCAUAUGUUCUAGAUAGUUAUUCUCUUUAAUUAAAAAAUGUAUAUGUAUCAAUGCGAAUAUUUUUCACUUGUAUUAAAUUUAGUAAAGUCCUUUUGUUAGUGAGUCAUAAUUUACUGUUUUAUCAGUAUUGUAGUCUCUAACAACAUUGUUUAUUAAACAUUAACAGCUGUUAACAAGCUAUUUAUGUAGAUAUAUUAUGUAAUAUGUUACAUAGAUCAAUCAUUUUGUAUGAAGGCUUCACAACGUACUUGUAAAUAAGUGUAAUAUUCAUGUCAAACAUUCGGAUCAUUUUCGAAAGGGUUCUGAUAAACUGUGACUGGUUCAUUUCAUAUGCAUAAGGCUGCGAAAAUUAAAUAAUAUAACCAUCUAUCUAUGUAAUGUUUAUUAAAUGGAGUAUCAAAUAAA